AUGGCGCUCACGAGCUGGAAACAGUUCCCAUUCUUCAAUGUGUCCCAGGUGCCUGUACCUGCGGACGAAGAUGGGUCGUACGUCUUCGAUAAUGACACUGUCUCUAUCGCCACCGGCACCGACUCUCUCUUUCUAGGCUCCUCCGAUGGCUCAGUCCGAAUCCUAUCACGAGCACUCAAGGUCGUACGUACCUUUCAGGCUGCGGAUGCCCAUGAUGUUUCGGUCACGCAUAUAAGGCAGAUACCAUCUACGCCCUACCUAGUCACCAUCUCGGAAAAUCUGUCAACAGAUCCGUCGUUAAGAGUAUGGGCCUUGGACAAAACCGAGAAACGGACAGGGGCACCUCGAUGCCUAUGUACAGUUGGCGUUCAGAAUGGCAGGAGACAAUUCCCAGUAUCGGCACUCGUUGUGCUGGACGAUAUGACCCAGGUUGCAGUCGGAUUUGCCAACGGAUCCGUCACUGUGAUUCGAGGGGAUUUCAUUCACGAUCGCGGCACCAAGCAGCGAACAGUUUAUGAGUCCGAAGAUCCAGUCACAGGAUUGGAAGUCCGACAGGGCGCCACCAAAGUGCUGUACAUUGCAAAUACGGCAAAAAUAUGCAGCCUGGUCAUUUCUGGCAAAGGCCAGGGCCAACCAGUGCGGACAGUCGACAAUCGAGGCUGCAAUGUAGGAUGCAUGACUCAAGAUCGCGAGACAGGCGACAUAGUCGUUGCGCGAGAAGACGCAAUCUACAAUUACGGUCCGAACGGACGAGGACCAAGCUAUGCCUUCGAAGGCCCCAAGAAGUUUGUGAAGAUGUACAAAGAGUAUAUCGGUCUGGUAUGUCCGCCACGAGUCGCACAGAUGUCAAAAUCAAAGACGUUCAGGAGACUUGGAGGUGACGAGAUUGAUGAAUUGUUCAGUAGCUCUUCUUUCACGCUGCUGGACACUGAUCUCAAGUACAUUGCCCACACCGAAUCUUUACCGGCGCAGGUGAAAGAUGUGUUCGUCGAGUGGGGAGAGCUCUUUCUGCUCACCAUCGAGGGAAAGCUAUACAGAUAUCAAGAGAAAACGCUACAGCAGAAGCUUGAAAUCCUCUAUCAGAGCAGCCUCUACAUUUAUGCUAUCAACCUGGCACAAAAAGCGGGUGCGGACAAGGUUCAGCAGAACAUCAUAUUCCGAAAGUACGGAGACCAUCUUUAUCAGAAAGGCGAUUAUGACACGGCCAUGCAGCAAUACCUGAGGGCCAUUGAUAACACGGAACCAUCACAGGUCAUCCGGCGUUUCUUGGACACUCAGAGGAUCCACAACCUCAUUGACUAUCUAGAAGAGCUGCACGAACAUGACAAGGCGACUGCUGAUCAUACUACAUUAUUACUGAACUGUUAUGCUAAGUUGAAGGACACGGAUAAAUUGGAUGCAUUUAUACGCGCUCCAGGAAGUGCGAAAUUUGACAUUGAUACAGCUAUUGCCAUGUGCCGGCAGGGCGGAUACUUUGAACAAGCGGCGUAUCUUGCCACGAAACACGGCGAGAAUGAAUUGGUCAUAGACAUCUUGAUCGAAGACUCGAAGCACUACGCAGAAGCCCUCCAAUUCAUAUGGCGCCUCGAACCUGCUGCAGCCUAUCCUGUCUUGAUGAAGUAUGCUCGGAGUCUGAUUGAGCAUUGUCCUCAAGAGACUACCAAGCUGUUUAUCGAGUAUUAUACCGGCAGAUACGCCCCGAAAAAGGACGUUCCAGCAGUGUCUGAAGUGCAAGCACAGACUGGGGGCGGUGCCUUUGAAAAACUUUCCGCUCUUUGGACCUUGCCUUUCAUGAAUCGAUCAUCCACAGCAAAUGGAGCAGUGCCAGCCAUCGUCGCACCUGAAAUGACCGAAGAGGUCGAUGAGCCGGUCGAGCAGCCUCCAGCUUACACCAUACCACGCCCUCGCAGCGCCUUCUCGGCAUUUCUUGCACAUCCGGCCGAGUUUAUCACAUUUCUGGAAGCUCUCGUGCUUCAGGAUAAUUUGUCGAAAGCAGACAGAUCGGACCUCUCGACUACUUUGUUUGAGAUGUACUUAGAGAGUGCCAACAGUGCACACGACCCUACAGAAAAGGAGAAAUGGCAGCUCAAAGCCAUCAGUUUGAUUGCAGACAACAAGACUGCGUCUCUGGAUGAAUCUACUAUCGACACCUCGAACGUGCUGCUUCUGUCUUCGCUCACCAAGUUUUCAGCAGGUACGACUCUGGUGCGAGAACGGGAGAAUCUUUACGCCGACAUAUUUCGUUCAUUCACCUCGGCGAAGGACACGUCUGGUGCGAUAUCAUCACUGAAGAAGUACGGACCUAAAGACCAGUCUCUGUAUCCCCUUGCCCUUGGCUAUUUCUCUUCGUCAGCGGAAGUGCUUAAGGAGCCGGGCGUCCAAGAUGAACUUCAAAAUGUGCUUCGAACAAUCGAUCAAGAAAACCUCAUGGCGCCACUCCAAGUGGUCAAAGUCCUGUCACAAGGUGGUGCCGUCACGAUGGGCAUGAUCAAGUCUUACCUCUCGGACAACAUCCGGAGGGAAAGAAAAGAGAUCCAAGCCAAUCGACGUCUGAUCGACUCUUAUCGGACAGAAACAACCGCGAAGAAGUCGGAGCUGGCCGAUCUCGAAACGAAGGCGGUCGUCUUUCAAGCACGGCGAUGUUCGUCGUGUGGAAGGAACCUGACCUUACCGACGGUUCACUUCAUGUGUAAACACUCGUUUCACCAGGAAUGUCUGAACAAGCCUGGGGUGGGCAUGAAAGAGGACGACAAAGUCGAUUGUCCAAUCUGUAAGCCUGGCAAUGAUACCAUCAGAGCGAUCCGUAGGCAGCAGGUGGAGAGCACUGAGCAGCAUGACCUGUUCAAGGCAGCCUUGGCGCGAAGCAACAACCGAUUUGGAACCGUGAGCGAGUUCUUUGGACGAGGAGUCAUGGGCACAGUGCCUGCAGCAGCAGAAUGA